GUGUCAGCGGUGAAUCUGCACCAAAUCCCUCUGCGCUGAUACAGAAUCCCACCGGAGCGGAAACUCAAGCUGCGCCGUUUAUCUGCGCCGCCGGAAGCGCGACUGACCGUGUGCGGUGUGUGCGGUGUGUGCGGAGCGGCUGUGGGGACCGAGACUGGAUACAACAUGACCUGAAGCUCCCAGAGAGAGAGAGUUUGGUGGGUCGAUUGGAGGUAUGACUGAGGAGAAAUGUCCUCAGUUGGUGGAUUACUUCGUGGUGGCGGGGCUGGCCGGCGACUCCGCCCCCCUGGACGAGGAAUGCCAGCAGAGGGGCGGCCGAGGGGUGGAGCCCAUCACCGACCUGGCCGUGAUCGCCCGCGGCCUCGGGGAGGAGGUGCCCGAGGGCUUCACGUGCAUCGAGAAGACGCCGUCGGGCCACUCGGCCGAACUCAGCGCCGGACUCAUCAACAACCCGCACAUGUUCCUGUGCUACCGGCGCGGCCACGACAAACCGCCCAUCCUGGAGCUCGGCGUCCUGUACGAGGGUAAGGAGACCCUGAAGCAGGGUUGGCACCUGAUCGAGACCACGCCCUACAGUCGCUGUGCCAGCCUGAGCUCAGGAGGCCCCGCCGCCCACAGAACCUUCCUCAUGUACCGCCGCGCGCCCGACUCUCAGGCCCUCAACACGCCGGGCGUGACCGACAUCUCGCUCCUCAUGCCCAGCAAGGGGGAGGUGGCUCAACACACCUUCUGCAGGGUGGACAAGAACCUCAACACCGGCAUGUGGGGUCCGGCGUUGUACCUGUGCUAUAAGCGGGCCGUAGCCAAAGCCAAUGCCCUGGUGUACGAGGCAGGUCUGAUCAGCCGUUACCCUGAGGAGGACCUGGAGUCGUUCCCGCUGCCAGAUUCGGUCUCGGUCUUCUGUCUGCCCAUGGGGGUGACGGUGGAGAGCUGGCCGCUCGACACCAAAUACCAGCUGCCCGUGUUCUCCACCUUCGUCCUGACCAGCGCGUCCGGAGACAAGGUGUACGGCGCCGCCAUCCAGUUCUACGAGGCGUACCCGCGGGCGGCCCUGUCCGAGAGGCAGCUGGUGCGCCUGGGCCUGGUCAGCGUGGUGGACCGCCGGCCCAUCACCAGCCGCACGGUGCAGGUGAAGAAGAGCGUGUGCGUGCUCUCACACUGGCCGUUCUUCACCGUCUUCCAGAAGUUUCUCACCUUCAUCUACCGGUACUCCAUCUCCGGGCCGCACGUGCUGCCCAUUGAGAAGCACAUCUCCAGCUUCAUGCACAACGUGCCGUUCCCUUCACCUCAGCGCCCGCGCAUCCUGGUACAGCUGUCUCCGUACGACAACCUCCUGCUGUGCCAGCCGGUGUCCUCGCCCUUACCGCUGAGUGGUGCCAGCUAUUUAAAGCUGCUGCAGAACCUCGGGGCGGAGAACACGUGCACCCUGCUGCUGGCCGUGCUGACGGAGCACAAACUGCUGCUGCACUCGCUCCGGCCGGACGUGCUCACGUCGGUCAGCGAGGCCCUGGUGUCGAUGACGUUUCCUCUGCGCUGGCCCUGUCCGUACAUUCCACUCUGCCCUCUGCGCCUGGCGGACGUGCUGUGUGCCCCCAUGCCCUUCAUCGUGGGAGUCCAUUCCAGCUACUUCGACCUGUACGACCCCCCUGCGGAUGUGGUGUGUGUGGACCUCGACACCAACACUAUUUUCCAAUCAGAAGAUAAGAAGCCCUUGUCCUGGAGAUCUUUACCGAGGAAACACGCCAAAGUCCUGCUCCACUCCCUCAGCAGCCUGCACAAGACCCUGGAGAAGAUCUGUACCCCCGGCCAGGAGGAGGCCACCCUGGAGUUCUUACUGACCGAUUACGAUCUGAUCUACGGGCGUCAGAAGCAGCUUGAGCUGGAGAUCCAGGAGGCCUUCCUGCGCUUCAUGAGCUGCCUGCUGAGGGGAUAUCGCUCGUACCUGCUGCCCAUCACCCAGGCUCCGUCGGAUAGAACCACCAACUGCAGCAAUCUCUUCAACCUGCAGGGUUUCCUGAAGUCGAGGGACCGGACGCAGCAGAAGUUCUACAUCCAGCUGACCAAGACUCAGAUGUUCACGCAGUUCAUAGAGGAGUGUUCGUUCGUCAGUGACCGACACGCCUGCCUGGAGUUUUUCGACGAGUGUGUACAGAAGGUGGACGUGGAGAAGCCCGAGGACGUGCGGCUGGUCGACCUCGAUGAGACCCACAGCGGGGAGCACACGGUCUUCAUCAUGCCGCCGGAGGAGCCUCAAGAGCCCGACGGUUCGGAGUGUCCGGCACCGUACAUCUACGAGACGUUUCCUAUUCUCCAGCCUGAGAUGUUUGACCGCCCGCAUGACCAGCUCCGUACCCCUGCCAAGGGCAGCGCCCCCAGCAGCCCCGCCCCUCGCCGUACCAAGCAGGAGAUCAAGCUGGCACAGAAGUGCGCCCAGAAGUACUCCACCGUACCGGACAUGUGGUCCAAGUGUCUGCUGGGUCACUGCUACGGCCUGUGGUUCAUUUACCUGCCCACGUUCGUCCGGGCCGAGAGCAACAAGGUCCGGGCGCUGCACACGGCCUACGAGGUGCUCAAACACAUGGAGACGCGCAAGGUGGUGCUGCCCGACGAGGUGUGUUACCGGAUCCUGAUGCAGCUCUGUGGGCAGUAUGGUCAGCCUGUGCUCGCUGUCCGAGUUCUGCUGGAGAUGAAGAAGGCCGGAAUAACUCCCAACACCAUCACGUACGGCUAUUAUAAUAAGGCCGUGUUCGAGAGCAAGUGGCCGUCCACCAAUCAGGGAGGGCGCCUCCGCUGGGCCAAACUGCGUAACGUCCUGCUGGCCGUGGCGCAAUUCAGGCAGCCGAUCAAGCGCAGGCAGAAGAGCGACUCGUUCAGCUCGAGAAAAGGCGACUCCAACUCUCUCCGCCCUCACUCCUCCCUUACACGCCAGACCAGUUGGAGCGGCUUGAGCGAAAGUUCGAGCCACGAAUCGCUGACCGGACCCAUAACCAAGAGCAACAGUCUGAGCAGCGUCCGAGCUCACAAGUCCAAGACGUCGGACGAAACCCCGGCGCAAACCGCGACCGCCGAUGACGCCGCCUCCCGCAAACCUCCCAGCGGCCGUCGGGACACGGCCACGCCCUCCCCGGGGCCGGCCGCAGAACGGAUUCUGGUGCGGCGGAGCCAGGUGUGCCUGUCCACGUUUUACACCGACUGCGCCGAGACCGUCCCGGAGAGCAAGUCCCGACCGGCCGAGAGAGGAAGCAGGUCUGUGGAGCAGCGGGAGACGCUGAAUCGUAAGGCGCUGGACGAGAACUCCAACAACGUGCCGUCUCCGAGUCGCAGGCUGGCCGGCAAACUGCAGCAGCUGCUCACGCUCACGCCCACGCGCCACCGCAACUCGUCCCGCCGGGCCGCCAGCGUGGACGAGCGGAGACCCGCCGCCAACGGCCCCUCCCGCAAGACGCCCGAGCAGAGGCAGUGGCGCAAGUCGCAGGUGGCCGAGACCCUGCUGAGGGCCAAGGAGCGCCUCUACAACGCCAACUCUGAGAGCUCGUUGUCCAUGGGAAGCGACAUUGACCUGACCGAGCCUUCGAAUUCCACAUUUACACUUCGGAAGUCGUGGGAUUCUGCACAGGAAGGGGCGGGGCUUGAGGUGAUGAUGUCCAGCUGCUCUCUCUGCCGGAGCUGCAACUCGCUGGUCUACGACGAGGAGAUCAUGGCCGGCUGGACGUCCGACGACUCCAACCUCAACUCCGCCUGCCCCUUCUGCACCGCCACCUUCGUACCGCUGCUCAACGCCGAGAUCUGCGACAAGGGGCCCGUCAUCGGUCACGAGCGCGCCAACUGGAACCUGGAGGACGAGGUGGAGAGUGCCAUGAGGCCACCUAGUGCGCAGGAGGGCUUCCUGCACCACCUGUACAACGGCGUGAAGGAGCACGACUCCGGGUCCGAGACCAGCGGGUACUCCGAGAGCAGCGGCAGCACCAACACCUACAGCGCGUCCUCGGGAGGCGGCCCUCAGGUGACCGUGGCCUACCUGAGUCCUCUGGUGCUGAGGAAGGAGCUGGAGAGCUUGCUGGAGAACGAGGGGGAGAGCGUUCUGUCUCAGGAUCAGCUGCUGGACAGCCACUCCAUCCUCUUCUGGAAUCUGGUGUGGUACUUCGCUCGCCUUGGUCUCCCGAGCAACCUGCUGCAGCUGGUGCGGGCGUCGCCGCUCGCCGUGCAGAUCUCACCGACCUCGGAGAACACCUCAGUAAGGGUUCGGUUACUGUGGGACACCUUGACGCCCGAUAUGGAACACUGGCCCCCGCUGUACAUACUCUGGAGGAUACACAGUAACGUCCCGAUGCGGAACUACGCGUGGCGCAGACACAACCACCCCUUCACGCUAAGCUUCCUGGAGGAGGUCCUGCGCUGGGUGGGCAUGAACGAGGUGCACAAGGCCGUCACGCUUCUUCUGGAUACCGUCGGCAAGAAACCCGGAUCUCCUCGAAUACAGAGGAGCGUGUACAGGGAAUUUCUCUUUCUUACUCUGGCUGCUAUGGGAAAAGAUCACGUCGUCGCCUUCGAUAAGAGGUAUAAGGCCGCCUACGCCAGACUGAGCGGCUCUCUGGGCAAGGAGGAGCUCAGGAGGAGGAGAGCUCUGCCACCCAGCGCCAAAGCCGUGGACUGCAGGCGCUGCUUCCUGGUGCCGCUGGAGUGCUGAGGGUUCUUAUUUGAUCAGGACUUGCGCCUGGUUAGAGAACUGUGAGCAGACGGCCCCGUCUGCAGGCUGGGUCGCAGGGUACUUACUGGAAUUGGGAGCAAACUUCGGAGGCACCUUGGUGGAUUGAGUAGCUCAUCUUAGCUAAGAGCGUAUAAUGUAUAUUUUUGUCGAUAUUUCAUUUCGUUUGCACUUGACACUAGAUUAGGGAUACGCCAGCUAGCUCUGCGUGCGGAUUAGCGGCCCGAUCCGCUAUCAGAACCUUCUAUGAGGAGGAAGGAAAAGCGUGUAGAUCGUGAUUUAAUAGUAACGAACCCGAAACUGCAAUACCGCGCUCACUUCUGGGACGGCGCGUGGCUAAGGUACGAUUACUGGGGGGCUGGAUAAAGAUUCCUGAGGAGUACUGAGGAGCGAGAGGUGUUCCCGCAAGUCUGAAGAGUGCCGAGCGUUGAAAAAGAUGAGGAACGGGUCUCGGUAUCAGUGGGAUUCCGACCGAGGAUUGAAAUGUACGGGACAUUUGGGCAACCCCAAUAAAACGUGACUGGGCACAGUGCAAUGGGAGCGGAUUUUAGGUAACGUCGGAGACUCAAACAAAAGACAUUCUGAUUGAAACUCAGCUUCUUGUGUUCUGUUUCUUGUUUGCGUUCUUUGAUUGGGUUGUUUUGAUCAGCGGGACGUGAGGACGUGUGUAAAGGAAACGUCACCAACCUUCUGUCCUCAAAAAUCGCUUCUGUUUUUUGUUGUUUGUUGUUUUAUUCUCGUGUGACUCUCGUUUGUAUCUGUGUGCACGUGUUGUGUUUUUAGGCUCCGUGUACAUUUGGUCAUUCGUUUGUCACUCCAAAUCCCAAAACUGAAAAACAAGAAAACGGGGCGUUAUUCAGUUUUUGUUUCAAGAUCAAAAAACAAAUAACAGACGAGCAGAUAUCAAAAAACAGGUCGUAUUUUAAUUUUCCAAAAUCAACAUUUUUUAUCAAUUUUUAUCAAUUCGGAAAUAAACGUAUUUGCUUCAUAUAGAGAGUAAAUCAAGCACACGUGUUGAGAAGACGGAGUAAACGGUAAUAAUAACUUUACGCUGCGUCCCCUGUUCUGACUCUUGUGUCUGCCGUACUUUUUCCUGCCCUUGUAAUUCACACAGGAACGAUUUUUCCUAAAUAAAAAACACGUCUCACCGUCGUCACAAUAUUAACAUUAAUAUAUUUUAUACUGUGUAGAACUCAAUUCUGUAAUACAGGUAUAACUGAUCACACACAUCGCUGUGUAACUAUUAUAACAUUUAAUGCAUUUUAAUCAGCGUUCUGCUUCAUGCACUUUUUAGAUUUAAGAAACAGCUUUAACUCAAAACUAAAUAACGAUUUGAAAUAUAUGUGAUUGUUGUUGCUCCUUGUUUACUGCAGAGUUCGUUUGUACAAUUUUAUUCAUGUUUGGAUGUUUAUUGGUCGAGAACAAGAAAUUCUAUAGUACAGGAUGAAUAAAUAAAUGAGUCUCGGACGUCAGACAGUCGUCCAGUAUAAACUAACAUGACCACGCCGGUGUACGACGUCCAGUACGGAAAUCUCUUCCCCAUAUUGUUUUUUUUUUUUUGCACGUAGAGCAAAUAUAAGCACGUCAAAUAUACAAACACAAGAGUCAGAACAACAGAAGACGCGUCGUUUGUUAUUAUUACUGUUUCAACACGUGUGCUUAAUUUACACUGUCUUUAUGUAAAGUAAAUAUAUGCAUGUUGGGGGUUGCCACCGGUCGGCUGGGCGCCAUCUGGCGGGCAUAAUUGGCAGUGCCUGCAGCAGAUACUACUUGGCCACCGUAUCUGCAGGGUGGGGGCCGGACUAUGUGUGGGUGGGUGGGUCUUCAUACGCUGUGUAAGGACCCUGAUUGGCGGAAGAGACGAGGAGGACUGUACACGUGUGGGAAGAGGCGUGUACAGCGGCCUAUAGAUAUAUAGAUAUAUACGCAUGUCAAUGCAUGCACAUGCCCGUGGUUGAACAUUAUAAUAUGAGCCGUUUUUCAAUUUCUGUAUGUUUGCUAUUUGAUUUUUUAUCUUGAAACAAAUAACACUUCGUUUUCUUGUUUUUCAGUUUUGGUUUUUGAAGUAAAAACAAAUAACCAAAGGUACACGGACCUUGUAGCCACACUCUCAGGCUGAUACGCCCUCCUUUGGACUGCAAUAUAUAUUUAUAUAUAUAUAUUUUUAAACCCCCCCCCCCUUCCAGUUGACAGUGCUGCAGACAAAAUCGGCAGCUGGGUGGGAAAAGACUGGACAAAAAAAAGUGGGCGGGGUCUUCGACACCAUGUAAGGACCCUGGUUAGUACCCCGAGGCGCGUGACUGUCCGUGCACGAGACCGACCUCACGUGCCGAUCCACCGAAGUACGGGCGAAUAAGAAGGGGUCGGUCAGGAGAAUAUAACCCUCCUCAGACGUAUCAGGGUCUACAGCAUAGGGAAGACUAAUUGGCUAUGACUAAAUUAAAGGAAAAGGGGAGAAGAUGCAGAAAUAAAAUGUAUUUAUUAAUGAACCUGCUUGUGCCAAACUGCAUUAUAUAAAUCAGCUGCAUCUCUGUGGCCUUCAUACUGUUUUUAUAUCCACUGUUGGUUUGUGGGAACUGCUCGGGGUGGAAUAACCAACCAGCUUUUUUAAAAUAAUAAUAAUAUAUAAAAAUGUUAAAAUUAUUUACAUUUAUUACUUAUCAUGUUUGUUAAAUAUGUAACACAGGUCUAGAUGUGACACUCGGUAAAGAAAACAUAGGAAAGUUAUGAGAGGACGAACGUUCACGGUCAGAUUCUAUAAAGUAAAGCAUAUGCAGUGUGUAAUUCACCCCCCCCCCCCCCCCCCUUCAAUCUUCCUCCCAAUUUAGUCAUACCCAAUUCCCAGAUUGUAUUCCACCUCUACUGCCACAGACCUCCACUCCUGACCCAGGAGGGUCGUGACUAACACACACCCCGUCCAACGCGUGUGCAGCACCGACCGGUUCCUUUCACCUGCACCAGACGUGUUCACACGGAGAUCCGUAUCGCGCACGGAGAGUCACGCACCGACCCCCAUUAUCCCCCCAAAUUCUGGUCGAGCCCAUGAUUUCUGGUGUUCUUCUACCAGAAAUCCUGACUGACACGUAUGCAGUGCAGCACCGCUUCUUUUCACCUGCGCUAGGCGGGUUCAUGCGGAGAUCCGUAUCGUGCACGGAGAGUCUCGUACUGUAUGUGCCAUCAAUCAGCCAGAAGAGGUCGCAAUUUCAGCAGUGAUAAGGAAAAGCAUUGCAGUGUGUAAUUCACCCCCCACUCAAUUUUCCUACCAAUGUAGUCGUAUCCAAUUCCCUGAUCGUAUUCCACCUCCACUCCUGACCCAGGAGGGCUUCGACCAGCCAUUUGUUGUCCAUAUAGGCGCCCAGCCGGCCGAUUGCAGAGCUGAGAUUCGAACCUGCUUAUAUUGUGGGCUCAGACGAACGCGUUUGAACACCAGGGCUUCUUUUACUCAACAUUUUAAUCCUUUUCUUUGUUUAACUGCUGUUUUAUCAUUUCAGAGUCACGUCCUCUUGUGUGUCUUGUUAAACGUACUGACGUUGUGUGUGUGUGUGUGUGUGUGUGUGUGUUAUAUCGAAGCAUGUGCAGUGAGUGACUGUAUCUGAAUAGCUGGGAAGCUGUGAUAAGUAAAACUAUGAUAGAUUAAACACGGAGGGUCAGUGUGAGGUCAGGAUCGGUCAGGUAGUGCCUGCACUCUUCAUUUAGUUGGUUUGGGUCUUAAUUCUAGGACGAACCUCCCAAAGGCAGCAGAAUAAUGAUUUCCUGAUUGGAAAGGAAGUUAUAUUAUUUUGCUUCUUCGUUCUGCCGUGUUGUUUAAUAAUGAUCAGCGGGGUGGGGAAGGUGGGGAAGGUGGGGGUGUGCUGCAUGCCAAAAGAGUUCUACUGAAGACCUGCAGUGAUUUCACUGGAUUUUAAUGCGUCGGACUGCAGCGUGGGAGGAACAGUAAACACAAUAAACACUUUAUUUUUAGGUUGAAAGAAUAACGAGCGGUUAUAAGCAGAGCUAGAUUUAAUGUGUUGUGUUUGCUGUAGUAAUUUAUAUAGUUGAGAGUUCUGUUGUGAAUGUUUUACUUAUAAAGAAAGAAAAAUUUAUAAUGCCCAA